ACAAAUAUCACAUAUUUUGAGGUUUAACUGUGUAACAUGUUAUUAAUUUAGCUUUAUGUUAGUCAAUUYCUAUUUUAUUUAAUAUCAGGCAUUCAUCAAAAUGAAAAAGAAUGGCAAUUGUUCAUUAUUUAUUUUACUAUUAAUGUUAUUUAAUACUGUGAACGGAUUAUAUAGUAAUCAGCCACGAUUUCGGUCUGAUAAUGGCCAUUUAUACAUUGAAAGUGCUACGGACCACAAUAUUUCAUUAAAUACAAAAGGCCAGGGAUAUAUAAAUGUGAAUAAUGAAAACUUACUCAAAGUUGUCGGAAUGGCUAAAGAAGCUUGGGAUGUAGUUGAGUCGUUUCGGUUAAAUGAUUUACCUGCAUUUGCGGAUUUGAUAAAAAAUAUAGUACCAAURAUCGAAGGUCCUAAGGGAUUAACUAGUCGGGUCACUGCGCUGGAAAUGCAAAUUUUGAAUGGAACAUCGUUAACAUUGGCUACCAAUAAGAGAAAAGGUGAUACAACUUUGAAUGGAGCAAGACUUGGAAUUAGACUUACUAAUUUGGAAAAAAAAGUUAACAAUCUCAUAAACCUUUUAUCAAUAAGUGAAUGCUUGAGUAAUCCUUGUCAAAAUGGUGGUUCGUGUAUAGAUUUGUACAACGGAUUUCAAUGUAAUUGUCCACACAAUUGGCAGGGUAGAUUGUGUGAACUGGACGUAGACGAAUGUGUGCGUUUCAUUCACACAGGCUUAGGAUGUCAAAAUGGAGCGGAAUGCAAGAACACGCCGGGAAGUUACGAGUGUGUAUGCGCGGCGAACUGGUUCGGUUUGCACUGUACGAAAAGAAAGAACGAUUGCAACGCGGCAAUGUCGUCGGAGCUCUGCGGUAACGGCGUGUGCAUCAAUCAACCGUCGGCGAUCGGUUACACUUGCAUUUGCGAGCAGGGUUGGACUACCAUGGACGGAGGACAAAAUCCGGCUUGUACAAAAGACGUGGACGAAUGCAAAGAAAACAAGCACRCGUGCUCAGUAAACCCACCGGUCGAGUGCAGGAACACCAGAGGGUCGUUUACUUGCGGAAACUGUCCCGCAGGUUACGARGGAGAUGGAUUCGUGUGCACAGACAUCAACGAGUGUCUAAUAAAUAACGGCGGCUGCAGUUUGAAUCCCAGAGUUCAAUGCGUUAACAAUAGAGGUUCUUUCAAAUGUAAACCGUGUCCAGCUGGUUAUAGCGGUGAUGGUUUUAACUGUGUUUACAUAUCCGGAGGAGUCUGUGCGAUUGAUAACGGAGGAUGUCAUCCAAAUGCUGAUUGCACUGUUUAUGCUGAAACAACCAUUCAGUGUACAUGUCGGCAGGGGUAUACUGGUAAUGGAGUCGGAAUUAAUGGAUGCAUUAAAAACAAUAAAACAGCAAUAGAACCUUGUACGAAUAAUCCUUGUGGUUCCCAUGGUGAAUGCCUUUUGAGUUCAAAUAAUAGUUUUUUGUGUCUUUGUGAUACGGGUUAUACAGGACGAACAUGUAAUAUUCGUGCGGAAAAUCCAUGCUUAUCAAAUCCAUGCCAAAAUAAUGGACAAUGUCUUCCCGAACUAGAACCCGGUGAAUUUACUUGUAUCUGUACUGAUGGAUAUUUUGGAAUAUUUUGUGAAUCAUUUGUAGAAAGUUGUGGUGGUUAUUUUGACACCUUCAAUGGAACAAUUAAGUUUCCCGAUUCAAAUACUUCAUUAACGUAUCAGAGUAACACGAAUUGUGCGUGGACGAUCGAUGUAAAUUCGUCCUUUGUUAUAAAUAUGUCUUUUGUUUGGAUUGAUAUUGAAAAAACAAAUACUUGUUCAUUCGACUAUGUUGAGAUUGUAAAUAGUGACGAUGUGGACGGAAAGGUGUUGGGCAAAUUUUGUGGAAAUUCUUUACCUUUAAACAAUAGCAUCAUUUCGGAUUCUUAUUCAGUUAUUGUACAUUUUCGAUCUGAUGGAUCCAAAAAUUUUCGAGGUUUCCAGUUAAAUUACACAACAAUACAACCAGACUGUGGUGGUACAUUAAAUAUUGAUUCACACGGAACAUUGUCUUCUCCUGGUUCCCCAGGAAAAUAUCCACCAAAUCGUGAUUGCUAUUGGACAUUGAACGCCAUUCCAGGAAAAAGAAUUCAAUUAAAUUUCUUUUCAUUAAGAUUUGAGCGACAUAUAAAUUGUAGUUAUGAUUAUUUAGAGAUUAGAGAUGGGUUUACUCAGCACAGUCCAAUGUUGGCUAAAUUAUGUAAUACUACUUUCAAUGGUUUACCUCCUCCAAUAUUGACUUCAGGUCCACAUUUAAGUUUGCACUUCCAUUCCGAUGCUUCUGGCCAAGACUAUGGGUUUCAACUGACGUACAGCGUAAUUGAAGGAGUACCAGGAUGUGGUGGUAUUCAUACAAGCCCGUCUGGAAUUAUAUCUUCACCAGUAGAUUUAACAAGUGAUAAUAAUAAUUAUAUGGACAAUUUAAAUUGUGAGUGGCAUAUACGAAUGCCUUUGAGACAGAAACUAAAACUUGCAUUCGUAAAGAAGUUUGGUAUCGAACAAACAACAAAUUGUUCAACAGAUUUUUUGGAAAUUUAUGAUGGACCUAAUAUUAAAUCACCAUUAAUUGGUCGUUAUUGUGGUUCAACAAGGUUUGAUCAACCAAUAAUCACGAACAGUAAUGAAGUCACUAUUAUUUUCAAAACUGAUUUUGCAUCUACAGCUGAAGGAUUUACAAUAAAAUAUGAAAYAUUGUGUGGUGGAACGUUUACAGACAGUAAAGGUAUUAUUGAAUCACCAUUCUAUCCAAAUCCUUAUCCAAAAAAUAAAAUAUGUGAGUAUCUUAUCGCACAACCAGUUGGAAAAGCAAUUCGAUUAACAUUUUUGGAUAUGGAAAUUGAAGAUCUAUCUUAUCCAAAAUGCCUUUAUGAUUCAUUAGAGAUCAGGGACGGAGACAACGAGAAUUCAACUAAAAUUGCACUGUUAUGUGGAAAUAUUGAAAAACUUCCUAAACUCCCUUACAUAUCAACACAUAAUUAUAUGUGGUUAAAAUUUUCUACUGAUCAUUCUAAUUCCAAUAAAGGAUUUCGAGCAAACUAUUCAACCAUUGAUAUAGCAUGUGGUGGUAUUUUGAAGGAGCCAUCUGGUAUCAUACAAUCGUCAAAACAUUCAGAGCAAUAUUUACACAAUCAGAUGUGUAAAUGGAUUAUAUCUGUGAAUGAAUCUAGUCAAAUACAAAUAACUUGGCUAACAUUUUCCUUAGAAAAUCAACACGCUUGUAACAAUGAUUAUGUUGAAAUUUAUGAUAAUAGUAAUUCAGGAAAUUCAUCAAAAAUUGCUAGAUAUUGUGGAACUAAGGUUCCACCUGUAUUGACUUCGUUGGGUAAUCGACUAACAAUUAUUUUUAAAACUGAUMAUUCGGUGGCAUCAGAUGGAUUUAUGCUUAAUUACAUUUCACUUAAUAAAGCACAAGCAUGUGGUGGAAACUUCUUCACCCAAGAAGGUUUUAUUAAAUCACCAAAUUUUCCAAAUGAUUACCCGAAACUAAAAGAUUGUGCAUGGAUCAUAAAUGUACCAGUAACUAAUCAGAUUGAAUUAAACGUAACUAGUUUUCUGCUUGAGGAAAGUAUAGACUGUCGUUUUGAUUUURUUGAAAUCCGAAAUGGAGCAUUUUCUACAUCGCCUUUAAUUGGUAGAUAUUGUGGAUCUAAAAUUCUUCCAAUAAUAUCUUCAAUUGGAAAUUCACUUUUUAUAAGAUUUGUAUCUGAUGGGUCUAGGGGACGUAAAGGUUUUUUUAUGCAAUGGUAYACAACUGCCAAAGGUUGUGGUGGAAUAUUGAAUUCUGGUGUUGGACAUAUCGUAUCUCCUAAUUAUCCAUUACCAAUACAAGAGCCAUUAGAAUGCUAUUAUAAGAUAGCUGUGGCACAAGGAAGUCAAAUCAAACUUACUAUAUUAGAUAUUGAGUUAAUGACAGAUCAUUUUUCUGGAGGGCAAUGUAAAGAUAAUUUUCUUGAAUUUUAUGAUGGCGGUAAUAGUGCAAGUAAAAUGUUAGGAACAUUUUGUUCAGAUACUCAAUCAUCUACAUCUUUGCAUUCAUCUUCAAACCAGAUGUACAUUAAAUUUAGAAAUAGUGGUUUUUCCAAAGGGAGAGGCUUUUCAUUAACAUAUUCUACAGAUUGUAAUGUAACUAUAAAAGGACAUCAAGGUGCAAUUGAAAUGGCACAUCAAGAAAAUCUUAGAACGGAUAAAUGUGAAUGGACAAUUGUUGCGCCAAAAGGUAGCAAAGUUAAUAUGACAUUUACUUCAUUAAAAAUGUUGCAAAAGCGUAGUUCAUAUUUUUCGUUUACAAUGCAUAGUAUGGCAGUUAAUAGCAGACGUAAUACCUCUCAAUUAACUAUAUCCGAAGGUUCAAAUAUAAAUGAAAUAAAUACAGUUUUGUGGACUCAUAGUUCUUCGGAAUAUAAUCAAUCUAUAAUCGCUUCAACUAAAAAUAUUGUUAAAGUGGAUUAUAAUUUUCGAAACAGAUUAUUCUUUAUGGAAAGAUUUGAUAGUUUCCGUUUGGAAUGGAUAGUAGAUGGUUGCGGGGGAAUAUUGGAUCAUCCAGAAGGUGAAUUUACAUCACCCGGAUAUCCUUCAUUUUAUCCUCCCAGUACAACUUGUGAAUGGAAUAUUGUCGCUGAUUAUGGAAAUACCAUAGAGAUAAAUAUAGAAGAUUUUUGGUUUGAAUCUUCAAAAUCUUGUAUAUCUGAUGCAUUAGUAAUUUACAGUGGACACGACGAUUCUGGUCCAGAAUUGUUACGGAUMUGUCAUAAGCAAACAAAUCCAAUCAUUGUAACGUCUGGUGGAAAUGAAGUUUUUGUAAAGUUUGAUUCUAAUGCGGAGUCUCAAGGGAAAGGAUUUAGAGCUAUUUACAAGACAUUCCUAUCGAAAUGUGGUGGAAAAUUUACUGCUCCUCAAGGAAUUAUUCAUACUAGCAAUUAUCCGCAAAAUUAUGAUUCUAAUAGUUCUUGCAUGUGGUAUAUUGAAAUAGCAGAGACUCAUUUAGUUAAUCUUACAUUCGUUGACUUCAGUACUCGGAGUUUUCCAUCAGGAAAUAGAGAUAAAGUUUUGGUUUAUGACGGAGAUAUCCAYGGAAAACUACUCCUCAACCACUCUGGGAAUAGUAUACCACCACCGAUUAUAUCUUCAUCUAAUAAACUCCUUGUAUCCUUCGAAGUAGGCAAACAUGACUUACGAGCAAAAGGGUUUAAAGCAAUAUAUUCGACGGCUUGUGGUGCAAAAUUAAUAACAAAUAAUUCAGGGAUUAUUACAAAUAACCCAUCUUUAACAAAUAGUUUAAACGAAACCUGUACUUGGACUAUUAUAUCUGAUACCCUUCAGUCAAAAAUCACAUUAACUUUUACACAUAUUGAUAUUGUGCAUCCUUUAGAAAAUAAUGUAGUGGGCACAACAAAUACUACUAAUUUGCAGUGUUCUGGUGGUUUAUUUCACACAAUAUUUCGAAUUUUGGAUGGACCAGAUUCUGAUGCACCUGAAAUAUUAAAAUUUUGUAAAUCAAAUCCAAUACCACCACCUAUUAUCAGUAAUGGACCUGCUAUGCGUAUAGAGUUCACAGAUAACUCUGGUGCAUUGGAUUCAUUUACAGCUCUGUAUUCUGUAAGAUCAGUAGCAUGUGGAGGAACUUAUGAUUCGAUAAGAGGAACGAUUUCUUCACCAAACUAUCCAAAUAAUUAUUUUAGAGAUUCAGAAUGUGUUUGGAUAUUGAAAUCCUCCGUUGGAAAUCUCGUGUCUUUGAAUUUCAUUGCUUUUGAAUUAGAAGAAGACGAGUUUUGCAAUGAAGAUUAUGUGGAAGUUAKAGAAGGGGAUUCUAUAGGUCCAGUCUUAGGUAUUUUUUGUGGACCAAAUUURCCAACUAAUAUUACUUCAGGAUCUACGCUUUGGGUAAAAUUUCGUUCCAAUUCUCUUGGCUCAGCUAAAGGAUUUACUGCAGAUUUUAAAUAUGUAUCUAAAAUUGAUUUGACAAAACAAUCUGGAGAAAUCUCUAAUCCAAUGUAUCCGAAAACAUACAGAGAUAGUGAAGAUUAUUCGUGGACAAUAACUGUAGACCAAAAAAAACAAGUUCAAAUUGUAAUAGAAGAGUUUAUGACAACAUCAAAAAUUCAUAGUUUAAAAAUUUAUGAUGGGAGUAAUGAAAAUKCAUUAAUUUUGUAUGAACUAAGCUAUACGCAUUUUAAUACAGUAUUUAACGAAACUAUAAUGUCAACCGACAACACUGUAUACAUAAAAUUGACAGCUGGUAGUAGACAGGUUGGAGGCAUAUACUUUUUACUAUCAUGGACAAACGUGGAUGUGGAAUAUCCUAAAAAACCAUUCUUCGUGUUUAACAACAAAUCGAGUUAUGACUAUUAUUUAUCACCAAACUCCAAUACAAGUGUGAUAAUUACAAGUCCUGGUUAUCCUUAUGGGUAUGAACCUAAUCUGAAUGUAACUUGGACAAUUCAUUCGGAACCACAUUAUCAUAUAGAAAUUGAGAUUCUUGACGUAGAUCUGUAUCCCAUUCAUUCAUCUUCUGAAUUUUAUUUUAAAGAUUACUUUAAUAUUGAAACCGUUGAUCCUGAUACCGCAAAUAAGAUACUAUUGAAGAAAGUGUUUAAAAAUACAAACCAAAUUACUGAUAAAAACAUAAUCGGUAAGAAUAAAGUUAUAUUAACUUUCAUUUCAAACAAAUCAUUGAAUGGUACGGGAUUUAAAGUUCAAGCAAAAUUAAAAUGUGGAGGUGCAUUACGAGGACCAACAGGAGUAAUUAAUUUAUCUAAUAUAACUAAUCAACUYAUAGACUCACGGUACUCGUAUUCACUUCAUUGCUCUUGGAAUGUUACUGUACGACCAGGAAGAACUAUUUCAGUUAAAUUUAUAACUAUGCAAUUUCUUUCAUGUGCUGAUAGUUUUGUUUUGUUGAAAAAUGGUUUUUAUGAAGAUUCACCUCUGCUUGGUCAAGGUAAAUACUGUAACACUAGUAAUAUAGCAACGUUGUCAACAACUGAUAAUAAAUUACAAGUUGUAGUCAGUAUAAUGUUACAUGAUAUCGUCAAAAUAGUGUUUGAAGAAAAAUCAAUAAAUUGUGGUGGACAAAUUUAUUUGAAUGAUGUGUAUAACAUUACUCAAAUAACAUCUCCUUCAUAUCCUAAUAUACCUCCAGCACACACCGAAUGUAUUUGGACGGUAGUAGCAACUGCUGGUGAACAAAUAUCUGUAACCAUAGAAGACUUAGUUUUGGAUCAAACGGAUAUCAAGUGUGAAAAGGAAUAUCUUGAAUUUAGAGAUGGAGCUGCUCGAUUUUCGAAAUUGAUAAAUCAUAUUUGUGGGAAUAAUCCAGUUCAAGAUAUUGAAACAACAGAGAACUUUUUGUACAUAAAGUAUUUCACGGAUUUAAGUGUACCCAACAAUGGUUUUAAAUUGAAUGUCACUAUAGCAAAAUGUGGUGGUACUCGACGAUCACAUCAAGGCACAAUAUCGUCACCAAAGUAUCCUGGUUCGUAUGAGUCGAACAUGGAUUGCGAAUACCGAAUUAUUGUAGACUUCAGACGCCGUAUUAUAUUAAAUUUCAACGUGGUGAGCUUGAAACGGCGGUUUCCCAACAUUGGAGUAGUCCCGGAUGUUUGGCAUAACAAUGAAACAUACGAUGACACGCUAUCCAUAUACGACGUAGACCCACUUAACAAUACCAGGGUAUUGUUACUAAAGGUUUUUGGUUCUGAUUUACCACCAAACCCCAUUAAAUCAUCCGGUCAAGAAUUGGUGAUCAAAUUCAAAUCACACUUUAGAAAUGGUCCUUUUUAUUUGAAAAAUACUGAUGCAAAGUUUUUAUUGACUUAUGAUACUGAGUAUAAUUCUUGCAGUCAAAUUUUCGAUGUUGAGAGUGGUGAAAUAAAUACUCCUCGGUAUUCCAUUUUAAAUAGUGGACGCUUAUACUGUACAUACGUAAUAACCGUACCGAGAGGACGUAUGAUAACUGUAGAAAUGAUCAAAGGAAAAUCGAUUGCGCAAAACUGUGAUAGUUAUAUGUUACGAGAAAAUGUCUUAAAAGAAAAACUUGUAGUAAUUUGUGGAGGAGUUAUAGAUGCUAGUAUCAAUGGUAAAAUUGAGUUGCCUAUUAGAAAUAUAAAUCACCUUCAUUGUCGAUGGGACUUAACUAAUAUAAAUGGAUCUAUCGUAAUAGAAGCCGAUUUCAAAAUUAACGAAACUAAAACUGUUUGUCCUUAUGAUUAUCUAUUAUUAGUUACCAAUGAGGAUGAAACUAUAAUGUUGAAAAAAUAUUGUCCAAUUUCAAAUAAAAACGAUAAAUUUAUUAUUACAAGUCCAUUGCCAAUGUCUAAACUUUUGAUAAAUGCAGAUAAAAAAUCAGUUAAUUUCACAGCGAGUCUUAAUUAUUAUAUUAAUAUGUGUGGUGGAGUACUACAUGGGCAAACAAUUACCAUUACAAGUCCGAAUUAUCCUAAUAACUAUAAUCAAACUACAAACUGUGCUUGGUCAGUAUUACUUCCUGAUGGUGAAAAUGUUUAUAUACGAUUCAAUGAUAUUGACCUUGAUUCAUCGUGUGAUAAUAAUUAUGUGAUAAUACACGAUGGACCUAGUCCUGAAAGUCCAGUGUUGGGUAAAUAUUGUGGUAACAUUUUGCCGCAGAAUUUAGUAGCUACUUCAAAUGAGUUAUGGAUAGUAUUUUCAUCUGAGACUGGAAAGAAUAACAGGAAAGGAUUCAGUUUAACUUUAGGAUCCACACAAAAUGGAUGUGGCAAUAUGUAUUUAAGCGAAAAAGGUAUGAUAUCUUCCAAAAACUAUCCAAACUUAUAUCCGAACGACGAAGAAUGUGAGUGGACAAUUGGAGUAUUACCUGGAAACAAGGUCAGCUUGCAAUUUGUAGAACGUUUUAAUCUGGAACAAAGUAUAAAYUGUACUAAAGACUAUGUACAGGUUUUUGAUUUUGUUGAUGAUAAAUGGGUACCACUAGGAAAUCGAUUGUGUGGUCGUCAAAUUCCUCUUAUAUUUAACUCAUCGGAAACAAAGCUUAAAAUUCGYAUAAGAACUGAUGGUGAUAUACAAGGCGAUGGUUUUAAAGCCAUUUGGAAGAGUGUUUGUGGUGGUAUUUUUACUAAAAAAUCUGGAAAAAUUGUUUCACCCAACUAUCCUGCAAAAUACUCAAACAAUAUGAUUUGUAACUACACGAUUUUAUCACAAGGAGAAAAUAUAGAAUUGACUUUUAAAUCAUUCGAUCUAGAAGGUUCCAAUUGUCGCUAUGACAAUCUUACAAUAUAUGACAAGAUAGGUACAUUUGAUGAUAAAACAAAACAUGCCAUUGGAACCUAUUGUGGAGAUUAUCCACCGAGCACAUUUACGUUUGUGAAUAGUAUCAUGAUGAUAUUUAUGUCAGACAUCUCUAUAGGAAAAAAAGGAUUUGAAAUACAUUAUGAAUUUCAAGGAUGUGGAAGUGAAAUUACUUCUCCGGGAUUAAUUAAAUCCUCGAUUAGUUUUGAUAAGUCAUUUGGUAUUUAUGGAUAUCCACGUAAUGCAAACUGCACAUGGAUUAUUCGAGCUCCACCAGAUCAAGUUGUACAACUUGUUUUUACUAAAUUCCGCUUAGAAGCAGAUUAUGAUGAUGAAGCCUCCGAAGAAGAAAGAUGCCCUGACGAUUACGUCAAUAUUUUUGACGAAUCUGAUUUAAAAACUAACAAUUCUCGAGGCCUUGGAAAAUUUUGUGGAGUCUUAGAUGAUAGACUACCAGAAAUUAAGUCUAAGACAAAUACUAUGUACGUUAAUUUUAUUACUGAUGCUUCAAUUAGYGAUGAAGGUUUUGUUGGCGAAAUUUCAUUUACUUAUGGUGAAUCUAAAGGUUGUGGAGGUACUAUCAGAUUGAACCAAUCAAAUAUUUCACCUGGGUAUACACUUAAAGUACCAAAGAUGUCAGUAAAAACUUAUUUGGAUUGUGGAUGGUUAAUACUAUUAGAACCCUCGUACGUCGUACAGAUGCAAGUGGUCACUUACACAGAAACUCCAAAAUGCUCUUUAAAUGUAACAGAUUGUAGAUGCAGUUCUUUACAGUUUUUCGACGGUCCUGGACGUAAGGCGUUAAAAAUCCGUCAAUAUUGCUCAGGAAAUAUCGAUUAUGCACCAUUAUUAUCGUCUGGAAGUGAAGCUUUUAUUAGAUACUCAUACAUUGAUUCAGACGUAGAUGUUAAUUUUGAGAUAAAGCUAACACCAGUGACAUCGGUUUGUGGUUCGACUUUAUUGAUGGUGACUAAUAAAACACAAGUUUUAACGUCCCCGAACUAUCCAUUAGCAUACGGAAAUAAUUUAAUUUGUACUUGGUUAUUACAAUUGGAACCACCAAAUACAAUUAUAUUGUUACGAUUCACGGAUUUGGAUUUGGAAAAUACCAAAGACUGUGUGUCUGAUUAUUUGGAAAUACAUUACACACAGUGGGUGGAUACUUCAUAUUCCAAUACUAUACGAAUGUGUCACGAAAAUCAUACAUUUGAUUUUGUGGAUAAAAUAACAAAUUCUGUUAAGUUAAGGCUUCAUACAGACGACAAAACAACAUCAAAAGGUUUUAGACUUGAGUAUAAAAGUACAAGUUGCCAAAAAACUUAUGACAAACGUGAUGGACGUAUACUUUUUAGUGACGGUGAUAUAGCGAGAGAAGAGGAGUGUGUAUUCACGAUAAGUUUAGUACAGUCGAACUUAACUAUUUCUCUUUACAUUUCAUCAUUUCAUUUUUCGGGUCCGGCUAAAUCGAAUUACCUCAAGGUGUACGACGGGCCGACUAUUUUAUCACCAUUGGUAACCACAUUGAACGAUGUGCGUUUGAUUCCUCCUCCUGUAUUCUCAACUGGUUCGACAUUAACGAUGGCGUAUAAAACGUAUCCACAUUCAGGAUUGUUGGACAUGAGUUACACUUCCACAGACCAAGGUAGAGGCUGCGGUGGUAAAAUGUUUAAUGUCAAAGGCACGGUGACAAGUCCAAUGUAUCCUAAAUUAUACAGAGUGAGCUCCACGUGCAGGUGGGAUAUUGCAGUACCCAGACCGAAUUCAGUCAAGGUUUCAUUUAAAGUUUUUAAUCUUGGUUCAAGAACAACAUGUGACACUGAUUAUUUAGAAAUGCACAACGUCGAUCAGAUCACGGGAGUGUCGUCGUUUGUUGCUAAAUACUGUGGUGGAGAUACUCCGGCAACGCACAUYAGCCAAACGGGAGCAGUUUUCAUUCGUUACGUGACAACCAUACACAAUGCCGGCACCGGUUGGGUAUUACAUUUUGAAUUAAAUCGUAAUUAUCCUUAAAAUAAAUUUAUUGCGUAUAGAAUAUUAUCUUAGCCUAAG